AGCUAUGUGGCCCAAGUCACGUCAUAAACGGUGCAGCAACGCAGUCAGAUGUCUACCGCUGUACCCGCAUACAAGUCGCUGCACGAGGAGCUCAACACAGGAAGGUUCGAAACAUCCGACGAGGAUGGAUCUCCUACUUUCCUAAAAUCCAUCAAGAAAUAUGUGUUUCCAUGUGCUGUGUGCUGCUGCAUACUCUUUGCAGUCCUCUCGAUAAUAUUGAUAUUUGCUGGAUGGAACUUGGUAAACAUGGGCACCAACAAGCUCCUGGAACAAGAUCCAACAUGGACGCCGGUGAUGUUCCCCAGAUUUUCCAGUUGUGGUGGCUGCCAUGAGGGUAACAAGACAGACGAAGAGCUGGAGCAAUGCACACAGCCAUGUUACAAUUUGACCUUCGUCAAAACCUGGGAGAAAUUCAACGAGAAGUACGGCUUCAAGAUGGUCUACUUCCCCUCACGUCCAGGUCCACAUGGCGAACCCGCGGUGAACAUCAGUGCCUGGUGGUUGCCUGCGCCGGAAGGGAAAGCUCCGAGGCCACGGAUCGUGGCGAUGCAUGGCUUGGCCAGCAACAACAAUCACUGUGGCGUUCAGGCGACCUGUUUCUUGCUGCGUGAACUGGGAUUCAGCUGUUUGGCACCUUCCGCCCGGGACUUUGGCUUGUCAGGCAAAUCCAGUCAUCCAAAUACUUUGACGUGGGGAUACGAUUACCAUUUGGAUCUGUUGGGUGCCUGGGAUUAUGCUGUCGAAGACCCUGAUGGAGUCCUGGGCGGUAAAUUUCCAAAGGAUCAGGUGGGUGUGAUGGGUUUCUCCAAGGGUGCCUAUGCAGCUGCAAUCGCCAUGGCUUUGGAACCACGGAUCCCUGCUGGAUGGUUGGACUCUGCACCAUUCCAUGGGCUUCGUGGCAGCAUCGAAAGCACUGUGGCCAUGUAUGUCGGUCCUUUUCUGGCAAGUAUUUUAAGUCCGCCAGUCUUUUGGUCAGCGCAGUACUUCUCUGAAAACAAGGUGGACAACUAUGAUCCGAUCAAACUGCUGAGCCAGCAGUGCCCCAAGCAGCGGGCCGUGAUGAUCUCGCAGAGCAGCCUGGAUAACAUUGUGCCGGUUUCGGAGUCACAAGAUGCGACCACCAUUUUGUCCGGGAUGCCUGACUGCUAUGAUGUGCACACGUACACCCCGCCAGAGUACUGCAACGGAGAAAGACAUCACCAGGAAAUGUGGGAGUUUCCUGAUAACACUCGAUCAGAGCUCUGCCUAUUUUGGAGUAGAGCCUUUCAGCAAGAGGAGGCUUUGUGCCGAUUGAAGCGCCAGCCAGAGUUUCAGAUUUGGACGCCUGAGGCCGAACUUCCACCUGGAAGUCCGGGGCUACUGAUGUAAUCGAGAUGUCAUCAAGUGAAUCAAGUGACAACACUUGCCCAUGGCUCCAAAGAUUGAGUUGGGCAUCAUCAGAUAUGAAUAGAUAUGAGAAGAUCAUAUCAUAUAUAUCAUGAGAAUCUUGCAGGUUCAAUAGAUUGGUAGUAUCGAACUUCGAUGAACCAAUACAUAAUCAGCUGUGGUCCAAAUGGGCCAUGGCUAUGGCUGUGCGAAAAAAGGUGGCAAAAA